AUGUCGUACGCUCACGCCGGCCGAUCUCUCUCUCCUACUCUCACCGACCCCGUUACUCUGUCUGAUAGCUCAGGGAGCCCUCCUCCUUCUUCUGCCCCUCGCGCCCCUCCCAACUCACCUCCCGGCCUCAACUCGUCCCAGACAAUGUUCAUCAAUGCCAGGCUCGAGAAGGACUUUACCGUCAACUUCAACUGCGGGCACCUCGGUAUGAACAUUGUCGGUGACGGCGAGGUGAAUGAGGCCACCGUCGGGUGCCUCUCUAGAUGUUGCGUCAACUUCAUCGCCGACAAAGUCAUCGAGGACCUCUUUUCUCCCUCGUGGAGGAAAGAGUUCAAGACCCUGAUUGCUAUCGCCGUCAGCCACGAGGUCAACACCAUCUACGAGGAUGAGACCUUUGCGACAUUCUUCCACAGCUGCGCCGCUGAGGAAGUUACUCGGCAGCUCGAAGCGGCCAAGAUCCGCCAAACGUAUCAAGCUGCUCAGCGACGCAGUGGCCCUUCAACUCGAGCCCUUCGCGGGGUGUCAGUUCCUUUGGAGCAGUCGCCUCUGGGACCUGUCGAGUCAGCCUCAGCAAACAUUGUUGAAGGUAUCGAACUCACGCGCCUGGGCACGCUCGAUCCAGCCCACCUGCCGAAGGGCGUCAUCCCUGGCGACGGUCUUAUCAAUCGCAACAUCAAUCCUACCAUGCGCAGGCUGGUUUCUCGCCUACCAACGCGCGAGGUGACUUUGCCGAAUCGCGUCAAGGCCACAUACUUCACGCCGCCCGCGAGGACUUCUGGGCCUUACUAUUGGGUGCCGUACGGACACGCAAUUGGUGUCUUCUCUGGUCUUGUCGGGUAUAUUAGCAGCCUUCAUGUAUCUACAAUCGAAGUUCGCAGUAUUUGA